AUGGGAUUCAUUCUACCAUCCCCCGAUAGUCCCGCGGAAAGGGUCCGUACUCUCAUGGUGAAGAAACAAAACAUCGAAACGGAGCUCGACACCCAUCUGUCUGUCCUGAAAGCCAACGAUUGUACUCUUCGAUCUCCUCUUGUGGAUAAGGACGGAUUUCCGCGAGCAGACAUUGAUAUCUUUGCAGUCAGAGGAGCCCGCGUUCGGAUAAUCGAACUUCGAAACGACCUCGAAGCACUCACGAACGAGAUUGGAAAAGCUUUAGAGGAAGUUUACGAUCCAUCAUUAACAGCAGGAAACAAAAGCGAUACGGAAGCAGCUGCCAGUUCAAGUUUUAUUGACUCUCCUCUAAAACCUUUCGCUAGAGUUGAUGGUGUGGCGCCGGGGAGUCCUGCAGCAGAAGCGGGCCUGGAGCGCGAGGAUCUUUUACUGAAGUUUGGCUCCCUUGUUCAUACAUCGUUCACCUCAGCGUCACUCCAACCGCUCGCAGAAGUGGUCGCAGCCAACGAGAAUCAAAGUAUAUCGAUAAAGGUCCUCCGAGACGGAAGGACCGCCUUUUUGAGCCUUGUACCAAAGAAGGGUUGGGGAGGCCGAGGAAUGCUCGGGUGUCAUAUCGUUCCAUACUCGGCUUCAUAG